AUGUCCCAGUCCACGGCAUCACCGGUCGACCCGCUCCUUGCGGUCCCUGAGGAGGUUCCCGAGAACGACGAGAUGAAGGACGACCUUGCUGAGCUUCUCAACAUGCUCGCCAUGAUGAUGGGCGCAUCCGGUCUCAUGAUGCGGUGGAAGUGGAUGUGCUGGGGCUCGCUCUUCGCAUGCGUCUACAACCUCUGCAACGCGCGCAAGAUCGACUACAAGAACACCCUUAUGCAGCUCAUGUUUGCCCUCGCCGGCCUCUUCAUCAACUACCUUGCGCCGCCGCCGCCGCAAAAGGCCGCAUGA